AUGGGCUGGUGGUGGUCCUCCAAACCGGCCUCUCCUGAUGGACAGCUUCCGCCUUCCUCUCCCUCAACGGUGCAUGAUGAGGCGCCUUCACCGCCUACGAAUACCCCCCCAAUCGCAGACCCUGUCAAGCGUACCCUUUCUCGAGAGGAGCAGAGCAAUCAGGAGCUGAUCGAGCUCCUGAAAGAGCUUCAAGGUCAGAUGGAUAGCGAGCAGGUCCAGAAACCCAAGGAAGCAGGAAUUUUGGCGCACUCUAUCCCUGCUCCUAGCGACAUAUCUCCUGAUUCUUUGUAUCCAACCGACAUGUCCUGCCGCUCCGCUCUAGAUUAUGCCAUGUUCUGUCAAAGCUUUGGUGGACAAUUCGUCAACAUAUACCGCUAUGGUCAAUUCAGGUCGUGUUCGAAUCAUUGGGAAGACUUUUGGCUUUGUAUGAGGACGAGAAACUGGGACAAGAAGGAUCGGGAACAGGCCGUUCAGGAGCACUAUCGGAAGAAGGCUGUAAAAUGGAAGACCGGCCCCAGUAGUGAGGACAUAUGGGAAGUCAGACAAGAGCCGGUGAAAGACGCCUUUCAAGGGAAUCUAGAAGAACUCGAGGCGCGAAUUGCAGAAUGGCAGAAAGCAAAUCCAGGCGCACCGGAUCCAUGGAAGCAAGAAAAGGCGCCAACCUUCAACACAGCCAACGUUGUGCGUUGA